UGCCCUUCCACGCGCCCCCAGCGGCGUGCACCCGGUGAUCUAUGUGAUCGCUGUGUCCAAUGAUACAGCAGAUCACUGGGUAAAUACAAUUGCUGGUUAUUGGCUGCACUUUCCUCACGCUGUCACAGUGUGAGAAAAAUACUGCCGAUAACCGGCAAUUAUCAGAGAACAGAUUGGCACUGAUCAUCAGGGUACUGAUGAUCAGUGCCCAGCAGGGCCACCCAGAAGUGCUUCCCACCAGUGCCCAGCAGUGCCUCCCACUUGUACCCAUCAGUGCCCAGCAGUGCCACCCAGCAGUGCCACCAUCAGUGCCGCCCAUCAAUGCCGCCCAUCAGUGCUGUUCAUCAGUGCCACUUAUCAGUGACCAGCAGUGCCGCCUAUCAGUGCAGCAUCAUCAG